AUGCCGCCCCCGUCGUCGGCACAGCAAAAAGUCCUGACUGCCCAGUUCCUGUCUCUCACAGGCGCUACCGAGCGGCAGGCUACCAAGGUAUGUGUUGUGGCCAACGUCGAACCCGGGCUGCUCAAGGUCAAGGUCACCUCACCUCUCAUUUGCCCCUCGCCCCUCCCCCGGCCCGAUUGCGAUGUGCGUUUGGAGGUGGUGCCGCUGCCUCAUCGCCGGAACUUCGUGAGGAACUUCGUGAGACGUUUGAUAAAGAUUGAGCUAAUGGAUGUGCUUGUGGUGCAGUUUUUGAAAUCGACUGGCUACAAGAUCAACGAGGCCGUUGAUGCGUUCUAUUCUUCCGGAAAUGAGGUCAAAGGUCCGUCACCAACCGAAUCCAAGCUCGACGCUCAGUUCGACACAUUGCGAGAUGAAAAGAACGAUGAGAAGGACAAGAUGGAACUCGAAUCGACAAUGGAAUAUUUGAGCAGCAAAUUGAACAUUAGUCUAGAGAAUGCUGAACUUUUUGUCGCCUUAGAACUGCUCCAAGCGCCCAGCGUAGGCGAAAUCACUCGUCGCGGCUAUGUUGAUGGAUGGAAAGCAGCAGGUGCCGGCACGACACAUCAGGAACACGCCCUUCACAUCCAGCGCCUUUCAUCUGCGCUCUCGACAAACCCCGUGCUGUUUAAGAGGGUAUACAAGUAUACGUUUGUGGCUGGCCGCGAAGGUGACCAGAAAGCCCUUAGUCUAGAGAAUGCCCUGAUUUACUGGGGUAUGCUAUUUUCGCCCCCUGGUAUGUUGUGGAAGAGCGAGAACCACGAUUGGUUGGACCUGUGGAAGACCUUUCUCAACGAAAAGUGGACUCGAUCAGUCAACAAAGACAUGUGGAAUAUGACGUUGGAAUUCGCUUUGAAGUCCGUGGCGGAUGAGAGCUUGUCCUUCUGGAACGAGGACGGUGCCUGGCCUAGUGUAAUCGAUGACUUUGUCGAAUGGUGCCGUGGCAAGGGUAUUGGGAAGCAAGAAACAAUGGACGUUGAAGCGGAGCAGUGA